GUUUUUGAAAUAAAAGGAGAAAUGAGGAUUCUUUAAGAAAAAAUUCGUUUUUAUACUAUUCCAAAACGGCGCCGUUUAAUCAGGGGUUUUUAGCGCUAAAACGGCGCCGUUCUGCUCGACCCGUGCGCCACCCGACCCGUUUGCUACGAGGAUCCGCGUGUUUUGUGACUAGGGCUUUGGAUAAGUGUCGCGAGUCUCCUCCUGCUGACUGGCCUGCAGCUGCAUAUGUACUCAUUGGUCGUGAGGAUUUGGCUUUGUCCUGUUUGGCACGUUCAUGCAAAUUUAAGGAACUGGAAACACAAACAAAUAUGAAUUUGGUCUCUAUGUCUACACCUUACAUGCUACAUUUGCAUCCUGUGACAAUUCCUUCAACAAUAUCUGAUAAUGUUGGUCUGGAAAGCACCAAGUUCGAGGAUACAGAUUCCAUUGAUGGAACAAUGACAGAUGGCAUGGAGAACAUAUUCAGCUCUUGCACCCAGUUGAGAUAUGUUCGAGAUCUAAGAUUAAAUGAGGUUAGGCGCCUUCUAUGCUCUGCAAGACCUGUGGCUAUCCAAACAUCUGCCAAUCCAAGUGCCUCUGAUCGGGAUCUCCAACAGGCUCAACUGUGGCAGCUUGCACAAAGGCCUACUGCUCGUCCUCUUGGCCGUGGGGCAUUUACUUUAGCAACCAUAUAUACUCUAUUUUCGGAGGCCUUUACUCUCCCAAAGCUUGUUUUAGCAGGGCGGUUGCCAGGCCACUGUAGGUUAAUCUUGAUCCAAGCAUAAGGAACAGUCAAGAACUCAAAUCAUGGCCUGAGUUCCACAAUGCCGUUGCUGCCGGGUUAAGAUUGGCCCCACUUCAGGGAAAAGUGUCAAGAACAUGGAUAAUAUAUAACAGGCCUGAAGAACCUAAUGCAGUUCAUACUGGACUUCUCCUUGCUCUGGGAUUACAUGGGUUUCUGCGUGUUUUAACCAUUACGGACACAUACCAGUACUUUUCACAG